AUGCCGUCUGAGUGCCACGGCGGCCCCUCGGGGUCCCCUUCUGCCUGCGGCGCUGCUGCUGCAGCAGCAGCAGGAGAAAGCGAAGAAGAGCUUUUCUGGCAGCAAAAAGACACGCAGUACUUUUCAAAAGUGCAUCCGCAGCUGCUGCAGCUGCUGCAGCAGCACCAGCAGCAAAGCAGUCAGUUCAUUGAGUUUGCUGUGCCCCUGCUGACGGAAAGAAGCAAGCGCCACCAGCAGCAGCAGCGGCACCUGCAGCAGCAGCAGCAACUGUUGCAGCAGCAGCAGGAGCGAGGGGAGCAGCAGCAACGGCAAGUGCUGCAGCAGCAGCAGCUGCUGCAGCAAGCGGCAGUGCAAACAGUGUCGCUGCUGCUGUCUCCUGAAGACAUUUCAGCAGCAGCAGGAGACAGUGCACUUCCGAAGACGGAGGAGGACGAGGAGCAGCAGCUGCUGCAGCAGCUGGAGAAGCUGCAGCAAGAGCUGCAGCAGGAGCAGCAAAAGCAUCAGAAGGAGCAGCAGCUGCGGCAGCAGCAGCAGCAGCAGCAAGCCCGCGCAGCUGGCAGCACUGCGUACGCCCAUGGGGCGGAGAAGCGAGAGUACACUGGUCUUCCCGCGGAAGCUGCCAGCAGCAGCAGCAGCAGCAGCAGCAGCAGCAGCAGCGACGGGCCCGGAGCUGGCGCAGCAGCAGCUGCUGAGCAGCUGCCGCGUCGCGCCGCGUCGUCUCCGCGCGGCCAGCAGCAGCAGCAGCAGCAGCAGCAGCAGCAGCUGCGAGCUGCUGCAGCGCGCCCCGGGCUGCAGCAGCUGCUGCACCACCAGCAGCUGCUGCUGCAUGCGCCUUACCAAACGAGAGACACGGGAGUGGCUUACAGGGAAAAGGAGACAGCAGCAGCAGCAAACUCUUUAAUUGAUUUAAUUGUUAAGAAAAAGCCAGCAGCAACUCAGCGGCUGCAGCGGCGCCACGCGGCCGCCGGCCGCAGCUGCAGCAGCAGCAGCAGCAGCAGCGCCGCGCAGCAGCGCGCCGGCAGCAGCAGCGCCAAGCCCGACCCCGCUGCUGCUGCUGCUGCUGCUGCUGCAGCAGCAGCAGCAGAAGAUGACGCUGCAUGCGAAGCUGUCUUCGACCCGCUGGUUAACAAAAAGUGGCAGGGGCAGCUGCUGCCUCAGGUGUAUGUACACCCCCCCCCAGACGGCGCCGUGCUGUCGCUGCUGCUGCCUCCAGCUGUCACUGCAGCAGACUUUCCUGCUGCUCUCGACGACUGCAGCAGCGUGGACGAGCUGCUGGCUCUUGUUGCUGCUGCUGCGCAGCAGCAGCAGCAGCCCCCGCAGCCAGCAGCCUCCCCCGACGCUCCCGCUGCUGCUGCCGCUGCUGCUGCUGCUGCUGCUGCUGCCCCGCCUCCUGCGGCCAACGCAGCCGCGCCACUAGUCAAGGCGGAGUGGGACCAGCAGCAGCAGCAGCAGCAGCAGCAGGGAGAUGCAGCAGCAGCAGCAGCAGCAAGCGUCUCCACGACGCUGCUGCCUCUCCCACAAGUGCUCUGCGGGCCGACGCCGGUGUGGCUCUCCCCGCGCCCAGCUGCAGCAGCAGCAGCAGCAGAAAAUGGUAGCAGUAGCAGUAGCAGCAGCAGCAGCUGCAGCAGCAGCAGCAGCAGCAGCAGCAGCUGCAGCAGCAGCAGCAGCGACGACGAGACACUUCUUCCGGUGUACGCGCAGUCCUACAUAGACAGUUUAGACGCCCGAGGGCGCGACGCCCUUUGGGCCCGCCUGGGGCAGCAGCAGCAGCAGCAGCAGCAGCAGAAGCAGCAGCAGCAGCAGCAGCGUGGGGAGUUGAGCCCCGACGCUGCUGCUGCUGCUGCUGCUGCUGCUGCGGACAAGAUGCUGCUUCCAGUGCGUCCUGCACAUGUGCUGCCGCCGCUCUUCGGCUACUAUGGAUCGCCGGAGGCUUGCGAGCAGCAGCAGCAGCAGCAGCAGCAGCAGCAGCAGCUGGUGGUGUCGCCCGUGCCUCCUGCUGCAGCAAACAGCCGCCCCGAAGAUGCAGCAAAACGCACAGGGAUUCCCUUGGCCUUAGAGUACAACAGAGAAGCAGGUUUGCUGCUGCCGCUGCAGGGACUGGAGCUGCUGCAGCAGGAGAUGCAGCGGGUUACUAUUGCAGCAGCAGCAGCAACACCCACGGCUGCGGAGGCAGCAGCAGCAGCAGCAGCGGCUGGAGCAACAGCAGCAGCAAAAGCGGCAGCAGCAGCAAGUCACAGCGGCCUAGGAACGCCGCAGCAGCAACAGGCUAGCACUGAAGAUGCAGCAGCAGCGGCAAGACCAGCAGCAGCAGAAGCAGCAGCAGCAGCAGCAUUGGCAGAUGCAGCAACGGCGGCGGCAGCGGAAACUCCAGCGGCAACAGCAGCAGCAGCAGAUGCAACAGUAGCAACAACAGCAGCGGCAGCAGCAGCAGCAGCAGAUGCAGAUGCUGAAGCUCAAAUGCUGGAAUGUGCGGAAAUGGACACAGACUGCGGCAAAGAUCAGCAGCAGCAGCAGCAGCAAGAGCAGCAGCAGCAGCAAGAGCGGCAGCAGCAGCAAGAGCAGCAGCAGCAAAUUGAUUCCAAAGAGGACCUGAAGGUGCAAGUAGACAAUGAGUUGGAGGAGACGGAGACAGUUGAAAGCAAAGGACCUCAGCAGCAGCAGCAGCAGCAACCGCAGCAGCAGCAGGAGCAGGAGGAGGAGGAGCAGCAGCAGCAGCAGCAACCGCAGCAGCCGCAGGAGCAGCAGGAGGAAGAGGAGCAGCAGCAGCAGCAACCGCAGCAGCGGCAGGAGCAGCAGGAGGAGCAGCAGCAGCAGCAGGAGCAGGAGCAACAGCCGACGCGGCAGCAGCAAAAGGAGGAGCAGCAGGUCCAGCCGCAGCCGGAAGACCAGCAGCAGCAGCAGCAGACACAGCCGCAAGGCCCAGAAGAGCCACAGCAGCAAGAGCAGCAGCAGCAGCAGGAGCUGCAGCAGCAGCAGCAGCAGCUGCAGCUGUGGCAGGAUUCUGAAGAUGGCUGGAUGGAGACAGAAGCAGAAAACCUGACAUGGCGUUUAGUUCGUCUUGCCCAGGAAAAGAGGCACAUCCUCAAGGACCUUAUCUUGGCGGUCUCUUCAGAGCGGCGGCCGGCGCUGCAAGAAUGGGCACAAGCUGAGGACCCCGCCGCGGACGCGGCCCACGCACCGACUCCGGGGGCAGCAGCAGCAGCAGCAGCAGCGGCAGCGGACCGCGCGCAGCCAAGAUCCAAGAACGCACCCGCAGACGCAGCAGCACCCGACAGCAGCAGCAGCAGCAGCAGCAGCAGCAGCAGCAGCAGCACUUUGGUGAAUCCGCUGGACUACCUGCGGCAGGUGCCGCUUUACUUCUCGGACUCCGAGGAGGAAGAGGCGCCUGGGGGCGAGGCCGCAGGGUCUUCUUCUGCAGCAGCAGCAGCAGCAGCAGCAGCAGGGCCCUCUGCGUCCUCCGCUGCUGCUGCUGCGCGGGGCUGCAGCAGCAGCAGCAGCAGCAAGACGAGUUCGCAGCCGCCGCCGCUGCUUCCGCCGCCGCCGCCGCCGCCGCCGCCGCAGCAGCAGCAGCAGCAGCAGCAAGGCGAGGAGGAGGAGGAGCUGCUGCUGCUGCAGAGCAGCAAAUUCUACAGCAAAGACCCGCUGCUGCGCUGCACUGUUGCUGUCAGUUUGCUGCAGGGCCUCACUGCCACGCUGCGGCUGCCAGUUUGCUGCCUCUGCGGCUUCGACGGCUUUUGCCCGGGGGGGGGCCCCCUUCGCAAGACAGACAAUUCGCAAGUGUGGGCCCACGUGCGCUGCGCCCUCGCCGUGGGCUGUGGGGUGGCUGCGUGUGGGGUGUGGGGCUGGCGGGAGUCGACUGCUCCCCGAUCCCGCCUCCGCUGCCCCCUUUGCCGCCGCUGCGGCCCCGCGCCGCCGCAGUGCGCCCACCCGGCCUGCGCGCGGCCCUGCCACUUGCCUUGCGCCACGGCCCACCCGCAGCUCCACACGGACUGGGAGACUCAGCCCCCGCGGCCCGUCUUCUUCUGCAGGACGCAUUCCCGCCACCGCGCUCCCACUCUCGGGCCUAGUAGUAGGCGGUUAGCCCGCGGCCCACCCGCAGCUCCACACCGACUGGGAGACUCACCCCCCCGCCCCGUCUUCUUCCUGGCACCGGGCCCCACUCUCAUACUGCGGCGGUACCAGGCGAACCGGGAGAAGGAGAAGGCGAAGGCGCGGGCCCUCGACUUGCCGCUGGAGCCGGAGCUGCAGCGGUGGCGGCAGCAGCUGGCAGCAGCAGCGCUGCUGUUUGCUUCUCCGAAGCGCACGCAAACCAACAUUCUGCUGCUGCUGCAGCAGCAGCAGCAGCAGCAGCAGGGGCAGCAGGGGCAGCGGCAGGGGCGGCGGCAGCUCGAGCCUGCUGCCGCCGCGGACACGGAGGCGGCGGCGACGCAGGACAAGGAACACGAGGCAGCAGCUGCUGCAGCACCUGCAGCAGCAGCAGCAGCAGCUGCUGCUGCUGCUGCUGCUGCUGCCACACCAGAGACGCUGCAGCCAGAAGCGGCGCGGGACAAAAGAGACCCUCCUGGAGAGUCCAACCCCAUCACAAGGAGAGGCAAAGCAGCAGCAGCAGCAGCAGCUGCUGCUGCUGCUGCUGCUGCUGGCAGUGGACGGCCCUCGAGCGCGAACAGUGCAAAGGAGCCGCAGCAGCAGCAGCAGCAGCAGAGCAGACGCAGCAAGGGCCCCCGCAGCAAACAGGAGCAGCAGCAGCAGCAGCAGGAGCAGCGGCACCCGCGGCAGCACCAGCUGCAGCUGCGCAGCAACACAAGACACCGCAGAGUCUCUUUGGAGACAGAUUUAGAAGCAGCAGCAGCAGCAGCAGCAGCAGCAGCUUGCUGCGCCGAGGGCCCCGCGGGAGAGGCUGCAGCAGCAGCAGAAGCAGCAGCAGCGACGCCCACAGCAGCAGCAGCAGCAGCAGCAGCAGCAGCAGCAGAGGAGCCGCCGGCAAUCCUAGAAGUCGGAGACGCAGGGGAAGCAGCACAAAUUGCUGCUUGUUUGUUUAGUGCUGCAGUGCCGCUGCUGCUGCCAGAUGAAAAAAGCCUCAAGUGUCUCCUUUUAGGAGACACGAGAAAGCGGAAGCGGGAGGAGCAGCAGCUUCCGUUUGCUGCUGCAGCAGCAGCAGCAGCAAGCAGCAGCUUGCUGCCCCGCUGCUGCCUGCUGGAGGCCUUCGCGCUGCUGCUGGCUGCCUUCGGGCUCCGGGUCGACAGCAGCAACAGGCAGCAGCUGCAGCAGCUAGCUGCUGCAGCAAGAGACUUCAGCAUCCUGGACGUGGCAGCAGCAGCAGAAGCAGCAGAAGCUGCAGCAGCAGCGCCACCUGCUGCUGCUGCCAACGCCUCCGGCGCUGCCGCUUCCGCCUUGUCUUCCCCGACAGCAGCAGCCAAAAGCAGCAGCAGCAGCAGCAGCAGCAAACUGGCCUUUGCAGCAGCAAAGCCCGCUGCUGCCGCUGCUGCCAGCAACGCUGCUGCUGCCGGCACGGGCGCUGCAGCCUUAUCCUUACAGCGCAAGGCCCCUGCUGCAGCAGCAGCAGCAGCAGCAGCAGCAGCAGCAGCAGCAGAGGAGGGGGGGAGACAGAUAGAAUUAAGUGUCUCCGUUCUUUCUCGUUUAGCUGCUUUGAACAGAAGUCCCUGCUGCUCCCUGUGCAACCGCGUGGGCUCAACCUGGCCGCUGCAGCAGAAGCAGCAGCAGCAGCAGCAGCAGCAGCAGCUGCAGCAGCAGGAGGGGGAGCUGCUGCUGCUGCAGCGGUGUCAGUUCUGCAAUGUGAAAGUCUGCAGAAACUGCUGGGGGACUGUCGAGAGACAACCUGCUGCUGUCUCCUUUUUGAGCGAAGCAGCAGCAAGAGCAGUGCGGCUGCAGCGCCGCAGGGCCUGGAGAGACGGCAGCAGCAAACCCCCAGCAGCAGCAGCAGCAGCAGCAGCAGCAGCAGCAGCAGCAGCAGGUCCAGGGGCCGCAGCAGCAGCAGCAGGCCCGGGGGCCGCAGCAGCAGCGGCAGCCGCGGACGACCCCAGCAGCGCGGGCAGCGACGAAGCAGCAGCAGCAGCAGCAGCAACAGCAGCAGCAGCAACAGCAGCAGCAGCAGCAGAAGCCUGGGUUUGUCCCCGCUGCGCCUGUCUCCUUUCGGGGGAGUUGACUUCAUUUGCUGCUGCUCGGUGUCUCCUCUGCAGCAGAAUUGACGGCUUGCUGCUCAAGAGAGUCGACCAGAAGCCUGCAGGGUGUGCUGCUGCUGCUGCUGCUGCUGCUGGUGCUGCUGCUGCUGCAUUGAGUGCUGCUGCUGCUGCUGCUGCUGCUGCUGCCCAGGCCGAUGCAGGAGCAGCCGCAGCGCGCACCCCACAGACCCCAGCAGCAGCAGCAGCGCGCAGUGGGUGCACUGCGUUCCACGUGUCUUGUGCGCGGGCGCUGGGCUGCCGCCUCGAGGGCCACCACGGCAGCAGCCACAAGCUGCAGUGUCUGUACCACUCGCUGCUGAGUGCGGGGCGGCCAGCAGCAGCAGCACACAAGCAAGCAGCAGCAGCACACAAGCAGCCAGCAGCAGCAGCAGCAGCACACAAACUGCCAGCAGCAGCAGCAACAAGAGCCACUGACAACAGACUCCCCCUCACUAGGGGCCCCCCCCCUCCCCCCCGCGAGCUCGACGCGCUGCACCAUUUAGCUGCAAACCCCAUCGAAUAUUUGCAGCCAAAGCCCUCCCGCGCUCCUGCUGCUGCUGCUGCUGCAGCAGCAGCAGCAGCAGCAGGGAGCUGUGAGGAGAAGGCGGAAGAGAGCAGCAAAGGCGCUGGGGGCGCGGCUGACGCCGCAGGCAGCAGCGGCGCCGCCGCAGCCCCCGACAGCAGCAGCAGCAGCAGCAGCAGCAGCAGCAGCAGCAGCAGCAGCAGCAAUUUGUGCGCAAGUGACCCCGAGAGCGACGGGGGCGAAGGCAGCCGCACUCCAGCCCCCCCCUCGCCCAUGCAUUUGGCGGAGCAGCAGGAGCUGCUGCAGCUGUCGCGAGUGGUGGCAACAGAAGCAGUGCGGCGGCGCGAGAGGCGCAGCAGCAGCAGCAGCAGCAGCAGCAGCUUUGCUGCUGCAGCAGACCUGCCCCCCCCAGCGGCCUGCAGCAGCAGCAGCAGCAGCGAGCAGCACAAGCGGCCUUGGGAUGCUGCUGCUAGAGACGCAGAGGCAGCAAACCAAAGCAAGCGGAGGCGGGAGGCCGACGCGACGCCGCCCUCAUCCCCUACAGCAGCAGCAGCAGCAGCAGCAGCAGCAGCAGCAGCAGCAGCAGCAGCAGCAGGGUGGCCGCCAAUGCCUUUGCCCCCGCCCCCCAAGGUUGCUGCUUCUGCAGCAAUGUUAUCUGCCCAGUGGUACGGAGGGUCCUGCACGGGUCUGUACCUGGGGGGCCCCCAGGGGCCCCCGGGGGCCCCCCUGGGGGCCCCGGGCGGCAGCCCGCAGAGGGCUGGGGGCCCCUCUGGGGGCCCCCAGGGAGGCCUCCAGGGGGGCCCCCACGCGGGGGGCCCCCUUGGGGGCCCCCCGGGGGGCCCCCAGGGGGGCCCCCCAGAGGCCGGGGGGGCCCCCGCGGGGGCCCCCGGGGGCCCCGCAGAGGGGGGCCCCCUGCAAGGGGACAAUGAACCCAAGCCGGUCUUUUGCCCCAUUUGUAAUGGACUUUAUAAAGAACUUCCUGGGGGGGGCCCCGGAGAUGGUUUGCACUGGAUUGGCUGCGAUUGUGAGUUUGGAAUUUGA